AUGUUCUCAUCUCAAGUUUCAUUCCAAGAGCCUCAAUUAAGACAGGAACAUCCAGCACUUAAACAUUCGCCUCGAAGCCAUCAUCCAAAGCCAACAUACUUCUUAUCAACCCCACCGCCUUCGCCGAUGGCAGCCACCCUAGGGCAACCUAAUCGCUCCUGUGCAAGCUGCAAGAAGCGAAAAGUCAAGUGUGACAGGAAGACACCUUCGUGCUCAGCCUGUCAAAAGUCAAAACAUCAUUGUCAUUAUACUUCCUAUUCUCCGACUACCGUGAUCACAGAAGAAACUCAAUUCACCGGAGAUGAAGAAGUGUUCAGAGCAAUUAAACAGAAGUUUGAAGAAAUUGACAAACAACGUUGGGAAAAUUUUAUUAGAAAUUUUAAUCCUGCAUUGGCGUCAAAGUGCCUUAAUCAACCGCAGCAGGAAGAGCGUAACUUGGGAUUCCCAGUUCAUUACUACGCAGAUGAUAUCUAUAAUUUAAGUCUACCGGUGGGUGUCCAGCACCCCGUGCCACCUACGCUGACUGACGCGCCAUACCAAAGUUCUUAUGUCGUUCCCCCCAUUCCAUCUUCACCAGCUACUUCUGACUAUGUUCCGUGCAUGAGGGCUACUAUUACACUAAAUUUCAACUUGAACGCAAUGAGCUCACUACUGGGACCCGAAUUUGCACCUUUGCUACAAUCAGUGACCGAUGAUGAGGGACCAUCGAUUCCUCCCUCUGGAUUCACGGAUAUUUACCAUUUACAAAAUUGGAUACGAGCAAAAUUCCUUUCACAAAGUUGGGAUGACGAGAUGGAAA